CCAAAGCGCCGCCCGCGGGAGGGUCGGCGGGCGUCGUACCUGCAGCAGCUGAGGACGACUUUCAUUCCUGCUGGCCGUACUGCUCCUGCUGACGUCGCUGGGCUGCGGCGUGGCCUCUUCUCCUCCCUCGCCACCGGUCACGCAGCAGCUGCUCUGCCCUCUGGGAUACUCGGACCUCUUCGGCGGCAUAGCGAACGCAGCGAUGAUCCUGAGCGGCUUCGUGGGCUCCGCCAUCACGGGCGUCACGGCGGACAGAACCAAGGCCUUCACGCCCAUCACCAAGCUCUGCUACGGCGCCGCCACCAUCUUCGCCAUCGUCAUGCUGGAGAUGUUCAUGGUUCCCGGCCAACCCGAACUCGUGGCUACGUUCACGGGCCUCUUCGGGUUCUUCGGCGUUGGCGCCUACCCGAUCGGCCUGGAGCUGGCUGUGGAGGCAACGUACCCCGUCGAAGAGUCGAUCAGCACGGCUUUCAUAUUCAUGUCUGGGCAGUUCCAAGGAGUCCUGAUCAUCGCACUGGUGACACUGCUGGGGCGGGAACAGAAGCCGCAGUUCGAGAACAUCGAGACGUGUACAAAGAGAGGCAACGCUGAUAUAGAGCCUAAGGAUUACACAGUAUCCCUGAUGGUGAUUAUGACUUACUUGGUUGUGGUUGUCUCCGUCAUGAUCCUCUUCUUUGAGACAUCCUACAAGCGACUGGAAGCAGAACGUCUCACCCCGGAUCCCACCGCUGCCGCCAGUAACACAACCGCUGGCUCCUCUUCCCCUUCUUCAAAUCGCUCUCUCUCGCCUCGCUCAUCUGCCUCGUCCUGCCACUCGCUCACCGAAUCAGGGAAGGUGUUGCGGGCUGGGGGAAGAGGGGGGGGAGAGAGGAACAUUGAAGAGGUGGUUCAAAACUGGAAUGAAUGUGAAGGACAGGAUGGCAUGGAAAGAAGCCGGUUGUGAUUGUGGGUGUAUUGUGUAUACUCAUUGAUGAUCUUUUCUCCUCAUAUUUAUUUUCUAUUUGCUUGCCUAUCCUGAAGACAAAACUAUAAGGUGAUGAGCAGAGAUUGUAAAAGAAUAGCUUGAACAAAAUGCUAAAAUGAAAGAGUGAUGCAUUCCUUUUUUUAGCAUCAUGAGUUUUAUAUUUGAAAUGACAAUAACUGUGUAAGUAGAAAUACAUAUUGUGCAUUAUACAGUAUUGAUUAUUCCUAUAAUUAAAUUGAAUUUCUGACUUUCUUGCUUGUUAGCAAGUGAUGAAUUUCUGUUAUGAAAAUGUAUGGUAGCAACAGGAAUAUAAUACCAUUAUAUGAUUUUAUUAGUGUUUGAUAUAAAGCCUGCACAUUUAGCUUACCUCUUAAUUAUUACUUUCAGAUAGCAUGACAUUCUUUCUGUGAUUUUAUUGGUUUUCCUUCUGGGUAAUACAUAUGUAUCAAGAAUUCAAUAGUGUUGGUUCCAUAAACACAACAUGCAAAUCAUGGGGUAAGAGAAUGUCUAUACCUUGGCAAUUUCAUAUUUCUUGUUGGAAAGGGAGGGUAGGGGGCGGUUAGAUGGGUAAAAAUAGACGUUUGGAAAUGGAGGGUGGGUGAGAAAGGGUUGGGAAGGGGAAGGGUGAGGGUUGUGGCAGAGGAUAGGGAAAUUGGGAGUUCUACACCUUGAUCACAUGAUAAGUCCCUCUGGCUGGAAUCUCUGGAGUUGUGUUGUAAGUUGUGCUAAAUAUAAUGUCGGGAUGAAGGGGGUGAUCUGAGUGACCAGAUGAGUUAAUCUUACACUACUCGUAAGUCUGUUCUCCCUUCUUGAUAUCAAGAGGCACUGAGAAGGUAUACAACUCAGCUGAUUCAUAGGGAGGAGCUGGCACGUGAGCUCUCCAGAGGACACCUGCGGGAAAGCAGCUAUAGGGAAAAGAUGUUCCCAAUACCCGAAAAUGGAAAGGUUCCCGGGUGAUCAAAUCCCGCCCCCUCCCCCAAAUUUCGAACCCCUGGUAACUGAUUAGAGAUUAGGCAUGAGGAAGAUGACUUGGGCUUAGUACUCCAACUGUGGUGUCGGUCUUUGCCAGAUUGAUUGCUAUGGAGAAUUACUUGUUUACAUCACACCCUCCUCUUAUAUGUAAUUUACUGAUGCUUUUUGGUGGACAGUAGGACUGACAUUUCUAUCAUUCUUUAAUUUCCUUGUUACAGUUUCAAUAGAUUGGAUGUAUGUGAUCAGUAAAGUUGGCUGUGCACAAGGCUAACAGAUGUAUGAAAUUCUGUUCUGACUUGAGUUGCCACUCUGGCGCUAUUCUCCUUGAGCUAAGAACUCGCUCUUCAUGCGCACCCGGAGGCAAUAGCUCCAGUAUUCCCAUUAUUAGGGUGCUGUAUCCUGUUGAUUCGAAAAUGGAAAAUAAUUACUGAAUAGUAUGUACCACUAUUAACAACAGAAAUUUGAAUAAACUUGAAUAAAGUACAGUUACAAGCAGA